AUGGCGCAUAUCAAGCAAAUUCAAAGCCACCUCACAGUUUCAGGUACCCUUUUCGAUCCUUAUGCAGCUGCCAAGAUCAUUACCUUCUGUACUGUAUCCAACUCUGGUGAUUUACGACAUGCGUUUCAACUCUUUCGUCAUAUGCCUUACCGAACCACCUACAUUUGGAACGUCGUGAUCAGAGCUUUAGCUGAGAACAAUGAGUCCAUGAGAGCCGUAUCUCUAUACAGUGAUAUGAUUCAGAGUGGCUUCUUGCCCAACAACUACACUUUCUCCUUUCUUCUUAGAGCUUGCGCUGACCUCUCUUAUCUCUCUUUCGGUUUGGUGCUCCAUUGCCAUGCCAUUAGGCUUGGUUGGGAAUCUCACGAUUUUGUGCAGAACGGGUUGAUCCAUUUGUAUGUGACUUGUGAUUUCAUAAACCCAGCUCGUAAAUUGUUUGACAUGAGCGUAUAUAGAGAUGUUGUUACCUGGACUGCAUUGAUUAAUGGGUAUGUCAAGUCUGGCCAAGUUGUCAUUGCACGGGAGCUGUUUGAUCAAAUGCCUCAAAAGAAUGCGGUUUCUUGGAGCGCUAUGAUUAAUGGGUAUGUGCGAGUUGGGUUGUUUAGGGAGGCCUUGGAGCUUUUUGUCGAUAUGCAGGCGUCUGGGUUUUUGCCUAACCACGCCGGGAUUGUUGGUUCACUCACUGCUUGUGCUUUUCUUGGUGCACUGGAUCAGGGAAGAUGGAUACAUGCAUAUGUCAACAGGAAGAGGAUGCAAUUAGAUAUAGUGUUGGGCACUGCUCUCGUCGACAUGUACACAAAGUGUGGUUGUAUUGAAACUGCUCGUGCUGUAUUUAAUGAGAUGCCGAGUAGGGAUGUCUUUGCUUUUACUUGUUUGAUUUCGGGGCUGGCCAAUAACGGUGAUAGUGCAGGUGCCAUUUCGCUGUUUGCGAGAAUGCAGGAUGAAGGAAUUGCACCUAAUGAAGUUACAUUUAUAUGCGUGUUGAGUGCUUGCAGCCGAAUGGGCUUGGUGGAUGAGGGAUUGCGUAUAUUUGGAAGUAUAUCUAGUACUUUCAGGAUACAACCAGGCAUCCAGCACUAUGGUUGUUUGGUAGAUUUACUAGGGAGAGCUGGGAUGCUAGAAGAGGCAAAGAAGGUUGUUAGAGAGAUGCCCAUGGAACCAGACUCUUACGUCUUGGGUGCAUUGCUCAAUGCUUGUAGAGUUCAUGGAGAUGUUGAGUUGGGUAAAGAAAUGGUUGAGCGCUUGUCCGGGAAAAGUUUAGACCACAGCGGUGUGCAUGUUCUUCUUUCAAACAUCUAUGCCUCUGCCAACCAGUGGGAUGAUGUCACAGUGCUAAGGAAGGGAAUGGAGGAAAAAAAGGUGAGAAAGGUGCCAGGUUGUAGCUUAGUUGAAGUUAACGGCGAGGUUUUUGAGUUUGUUGCUGGAGAUAGGUCGCAUGUGCUCAUGGACGAAAUCAUGUUGGCGUCGCUUGUAAUUGACAAGCAUCUAAAGUCGUGUUGCUUUGACAGGGAUGAUGACAAAAUAACUGAUUAA